AUGGAGAAGUUAAAUUUGCCUCAAAAUUAUUCAUACAAAAUUGUGAAAAUUGAUUUUCUGAGUGAUAUUUCUUAUAGUGCCGCUUUUAGAAUUGCUGAAGUAAGGGAUGAAGAAUCCGCUUCACUGUCCAAUGUAGUAUGGAGAACAGCUCGCACUUUCAAAUGUGCCGGCAAAUACAGCAUCUUUCGUACAGAUUUUCGCUGCCAGCAUAAUACUGAUUCUCGUAGACGUAUAAAAAAUGUGAAGAUUUCCAAAAAUACAAAUUGCCAAGCAACUCUGAAAAUUAUAGUGCAAAGCUAUUUGGAUAACCCUGAUAAGACUGUAAAAGAGUUUUCAUGUGUCAUUGAAUUACAUAAUGUGCACAAUGAUGCUGUAGACAGUGCUGCUGCAUUAAGAUUUAGAGAUUUGUCUGAAUCAACGAAAGAGGAACUGAAACGUCUUUUUCGUCAAGGACACACUGCAGCAAGUGCUCGAUGGAGCUUGGAUAUGGCAUUCCAGAUUAAUGAUGCGGAAAAUUAUGAUAGAUUAGUUGCUGAUGCAUCAAUUUUUCCAUCAGUAUCUGUUAUUCAGCAUUUAUUUAACAAUGAAUUUGCAUCUUUGUAUGGGGCAAAACAUGGAAAGGAUGUCAUAUCCGAUUUGAAAGCUUUCUGCAAUAAUUAUUCCAUUGUUUCUGCUGGAAAAGUAAGUAUGAAAACUGUAAAUAAUAAUAUUGCAGUUGCAAUUUGUACGCCAAUAAUGCAGCGAACGGCCACACUUCUUCCUCAAGCGAAGGAAUUAAUUUUAGUAGAUGCUUCAGGGCAUAUGGAUGUUUUGAAUCACCGUGUAUAUUUUUUUAUUUCACCAGCUGUUGUUGGUGGUGCACCAGUUGGAUGUGUUAUUACUGAUGUUGAGAAGGAAGAAGUAUUUAAAACAGGUAUGAUUGAUUUAUUUAAUUAUUACUAA